CGCUCACUCCGGGGCGGUCGCCGCCUCCUCCGCGCCGGGGUGCCGGGCGCUGGGCCCGCAGGCAGCGCACACGCAGCAGGCGCCGCGGAGCAGCGAGGUCCCAGGCGGCAGCGCUCGGCGCAGUCCUCGCUCCGGCCGGGCCAUGAAGGUCGAGUUUGCGCCGCUCAACAUCCCGCUGGCGCGGCGGCUGCAGACGGCGGCGGUGCUGCAGUGGGUCCUGUCCUUCCUUCUGCUCGCACAGCUGUGCCUUGGAGUCAUCGUGUUCCUGGUCAUAUACAACUACUGGUUCCUCUACAUCCCUUAUUUGACAUGGCUUUACUUUGACUGGAGAACCCCAGAGCAAGGAGGCAGGAGAUCCGACUGGGUCAGAAGCUGGACCAUUUGGAGGUACUUUAAGGACUAUUUUCCAAUUCAUCUCAUCAAAACUUGGGAUUUGAAUCCAAGUCAAAACUACAUAUUUGGGUUUCACCCCCACGGAGUGCUUGUUGCUGGAGCCUUUGGAAACUUUUGUACAAAUUAUUCAAACUUCAAGGAGCUGUUUCCCGGCCUUACUGCGUAUCUUCACGUGCUUCCGUUUUGGUUCCGGUGUCCGCUCUUCCGGGAAUAUCUGAUGAGUAGUGGGCCAGUCUCAGUUUCCAGGAGAAGUGUGUCUCACGUUCUCAGCAAGGAAGGAGGUGGAAACAUCUCAGUCAUUGUGCUUGGGGGUGCAGAGGAAUCACUGGACGCCCAUCCUGGGAAGUUCACGCUGUUCAUCCGCCAGCGGAAGGGAUUUGUGAAAAUUGCUUUGACCCAUGGUGCUUAUUUGGUGCCAGUGUUUUCUUUUGGUGAAAAUGAACUAUUUAAGCAAGUUAGCAACCCUGAAGGCUCAUGGCUUCGAACCGUGCAGGAGAAACUACAGAAGAUCAUGGGAUUUGCUUUGCCACUGUUUCACGCCAGAGGAAUUUUUCAAUACAAUUUUGGCCUAAUGCCCUAUAGGAAACCCAUCCACACCGUUGUUGGCCGCCCAAUCCCUGUUCAUCAGACCCUGCACCCAACCCCACAGCAGGUUGAGGAGUUGCAUCAGACCUAUAUGGAGGAGCUAAGGAAAUUAUUUGAGGAGCACAAAGGGAAGUACGGCAUUCCGGAAAAUGAAACUCUCAUUUUUAGAUAACUGUCCUCUUAGAAGGCAUGCAAGAGGGUGAGAGAAUAUCCCAUUGAAAGAACAAAUAUUUAAAAUAAAUCAAAUUUUUUCUCUGAUGAAGGAAUCAAAUUUGCAACUGAGAAGUAUUAUGUAUGGUGACAGAUGUUGAUGUUUAUCUAUGGUAACUAAAAAUCCAGUGGGUGACUAUAGGGUAAGGUGGGAGAUGAUUUUCAGCCUUUUAAUCAUCUUCCUCAUUUAGGAAGGUAAAAAUUACUUUACAAGUUAAGAAAAGGUUUAGAAUUAUUCACGUGCGGAACUUCCCUGGUGGUGCAGUGGUUAGGGAUCCACCUGCCAAUGCAGGGGACUCGAGUUCCAGCCCUGGUCCGGGAAGAUCCCACAUGCCGCAGAGCAACUGAGCCCGUGCGCCACAACUACUGAGCCUGUGCUCUAGAGCCCACGAGCCACAACUACUGAGCCCACGAGCCACAACUACUGAAGCCUGCACGCUUAGAGCCUGGGCUCCACAACGAGAGACGCCACUGCAAUGAGAAGCCCACGCACCACAGCAAAGAGUAGCCCCUGCUCGCCACAACUAGAGAAAGCCUGUGCGCAGCAAUGAAGACCCAACACAGCCAAAAUAAAACCAAAAAUUAUUCAUGUGCUUAAAAAAAAAAAGCUUCAAAAAAAUAAUUAGACCCCUUUGCUAAAUAUUACAAUAAUUAAUGUGACGUUUUCACUGAAUAUGACAGCUGUUGUUCAGCACAGCUGGAACAUUUACAAGACAGUGUGUAAAAUAAUUUGCCAUGUAGAACUGGAGGACGUCAUCUUUUUUUCUGCUUGAACAGACCAUUUAUGAGUGAAUAAUGUUACUUUUAAGACUUAGAUAAUUUGAUCCUUUAGGUCAUAUCAACCAACGCAUUUUUAUACAAUAUUGCAGAGUUUUAAUGCC